AUGGCAAGUUUGAAACUCGUGUUCACGAUCAGUUCUGUUCUUCUAUGUUUGGUUUUUUCCAAUGCAAUUGUUUCAGCUAAGGCAAGGGCACUGAGAAAGGAUCAUGUGAUGAGAACCUACGAAAUGGGUGCAGUGGAAGACAACAUUAAUCUCCUGUGGCGGCGCAGCAUCAUGGAAAAUGCCGCAAGAGCAACCACGUUGACUUCUCCGAGUGUUGGUGUUGAUACAAAAUGGAUCGAUGAUUUCCGACCAACGGAUCCUGGUCACAGUCCUGGUGCUGGGCAUUCUUCUCCUACCCCAAAGGAUAGCAGCAAUGGUGCCCCAAGGCCAUAG